UGCUUUAGGACUACACCGACUAUCCGCGAUCGACAAACAAAGAGCAUAACAACGCCAUUGUUCUGCGCAACUCGCCUUCGACCAGCACAGCAAACAGCGACAUAUCGCCGACAUGUCAAUCUCCGGGCUUUCGUUCGUCUUCUGGCGCAUCUUCCAGAUCGUCACGCUUAUUCCGACGCUGGGCAUGCUCGCCUGGUUCGUCUCGUGGUACGAUGACCGCAACCUGCUCACGCCGCGAUCAAUCCUCGUGCUCUUCAUAGUCUCGGUGCUCGGAGCAGCAUGGGCGAUGGGGACGUUGUUCCUGUACUCGCGCGCACGCCACUCGGCCAAGUUCGUUGCCUUUGUCGACCUGCUCUUCGUCGGUGCCUUCAUUGGCGGCGUCUACUGCCUGCGCGGCAUCACCAAUGCAGACUGCUCCAACUGGUCGUCGAACGGCUCGUACAGCGCUGAUCUGGGGCUUUUCAACGUUUCCGCCAACCGCUACAGCUUGAACAUCGACAAGCAGUGUGCCAUGCUCAAGGCGUCCUUUGCCUUUGGCAUCAUGAACUGCAUUUUCUUCUUCAUCACCUGCCUUCUGGCUCUCCUUGUCGCCCACCACUACCGCGACAGCCGUGACCGCGUCAUCGUUAAGCGCGAAGUCCACCGCUCCCGUCACGGCCACCACUCGCGCAGCCCUCGCACCUCGCACUCUCGCCACAGCCACACCCGCCGUAGCUACGUCUAGGGUGUUGUUGGGAGUUGUAGGGUCGAGGGGAGGAGAAUCUGCUCAGGAUUUCAACGAGGUGUAUAAGAUUACGAUUUUCAUUGGACAUGAUUGGCUUUGAUGAGAUGUUCUAUGGUAGAUUGGACGCAUGGAUAUGGGAAGCGCAUGGAUAUGCAUGAUGAAACGGAGAGAAGCGCUACGAUUAUA